GAACCUCGUCCCGAACAGCUGGCGAUGGUCGCGAUGCGAACAUUUCCCUCGAGGAAAUGUACGAGACUGUUAUGAAAGACCGAGUCUGUGCUCGUGUGUGUGUGAACAGCUUCUUGGAGAGGCCAAUUUGGACAUCGAUCCGAAUGGGAAGCAAGAAUUUCGGUUCGCCGCUCGCUCUCUGCUCGCCUGCCUUGGCCACUCUGUAGCCAAUUGCCGUUGCCGCGAACUUUUUCGAUUGUCCUGAACAAAUUUCCCCCUUUUCGGAGGACGCCUCCUGGACAAAUGGAGCUUGAGGUCGAAGCCAGACGAAGGUACUGGCGCUUGUGGACUUUGUAAAACUCCAUCAGAUCGGAGGAAAUCUGGCAAGUCCGCUGACUUCCUACUGAACGUGGGAGUCACCAAGAGUGCGCUGUUUCAAGUCAGGCUGCGUAUAUGGGUGUGUGAGGUAAGUGCUAUGGAGCCUGUUUGUCUGUUCCAAGACGAUCAAGAUCACGGUCAUGUUGGUUCGGGACUGAAGCUUAGAAGCUUCAUAAACGAGGGCCUUCACAAUCCACCAGAACAAAGGCAACACCAUGUAUCCGCAGCUGGAGAUGCCAGUGCACUUUCUAAGGUCGACUUGAUGAAGAAUAAUUGUGAUGCCGAUAUCUUACUAGCUUCGGAUGACCCCGCGGAGAGUGGAAGAGAAGAUGGAAAACUUGUAGAUCAUUCAGCUUGCAGCGGAGGUGCAGCAGGAGGUAGUCAUGUGCUUGUUUCAGCUGAAAUAAACGCCCUAGUUGGACACCAAUGUAACGGAGACGACCUGGAUGAUAUUGACUCCACAGACAUGUGUUUCGAUGGAUGUGUUAUUACAAGUGGGUCAAAAAGUCAUUCCAGCAGGCAGGAGCCUCGAUUGGGGUAUGGGGACACAUAUUUAGAGUCUUUGAGCGACAGGGAUGGAAUGCUCAUUGAGUCUGUGCCAGCUUCCUCACCGGCCAGUUUCUUCCAGUCUGACACGAUCCACGUAUCCAAAGAUAAGUCUCUCGUUGGACAGACAGAGCUAUGGAGAAAUAUUCGUUCUUCUCAGCAGGAGUCAGGUUAUCACACAUCAUCUACUGAGUUCGAUCCAAGAGUUGAACAAGCAGCUGAUUCCACUUACCCGAAAGAAGAUUCUGAGAAGUGCCAGUCUUCGAAAGGGCCUGUGGAAAACGACAUUCAUCCUGAGCAGAAAACCAUGACCCAUGGAUCCCUUCCGAAGGAGAAAGUGCCACUGGUUGACCUAAGUUUGCGCAGGGUUUUGUGUGACCCAAUUACGGGUUCGUUUCUGGAAGAUGCAAUGGUGGCACAAUGCGGCCAUUCUUUUGGAGGUGGCUGCCUUAAGCAGGUCAUGGACACGCACUUGUGCAUUACCUGUGGAGCAACUAUAUCACCCAACUUCUUGGUGCCAAACUUUGCAUUAAGGGCAGCAGUUUUGGCUUACAAGCACGAAGAUCAGUUGCAAAUGAUUUCAGUCAGAGGAAUAAAGCGGAGACGGGAAGAAAAUCAACAAUUCGAGGGUUCUGAGGCCAAGAGGACAGAACGAGUUAUUUUGCAGGGUCAUUGGGGUUCUGUCGAGACCACUUCCACAGACAAUUCUCGAUUUAAAGCUGUCCAGUUUCCAUUUGCUGUUAACGAUAAGGUUCUCAUCAAGGGAAACAAACGAACACCUGAGCGGUUUGUUGGACGAGAGGCUAUUAUCACCAGCCAGUGUCUUAAUGGGUGGUACUUGGUAAAAACUUUGGACACGGGCGACAGUGUUCGGUUACAAUAUCGAUCUCUGGAGAAAUUAGGAGAUACGGAGAUGCCUUACACAUCCGCCAUGGAGUAUUUUUCCGAUCAAUGUGGAGAUGGCUCUGGUAGCCCUUUUGACCUACCACAAAGUACACCCAAGUCCUCAAUUGAUACAGAACCUGAAUCUGGAUCUGCUGCUAGUCAACGGGAUGCUGCAAACGGCAUUUUGAGCCAUCAUGGUCUUGAGACAAAUAUCAGUGUAGCAGGUUCCUCAGAAAGGGACUUUGUUCGGCUCCCAUACUCGUCCAGUACACCAAUAGAUGUUUGUGGAGUGAGCAACUCGAUUAGCGGUGUUCUGACCAAAGCUUCCGGUGAGGUCCUUCCAGGCAGUCAGUUGAGGAAAGUCGAACAUCGCAUCGGCAGUUCGGAAGACGGACCCAUGAUAUCUGAAAAUGCCAGGGAUCCACUUUCAAAUUUGGAGAGAUGUUCUGCAGAUGCCGGUCAAUCAGUUUCUGAUGCUAUGGUGGAAAAGUUCAGAACUGACCUACUGAAUGGAAUCAGUACUUUCCACGAUGAAUCUGGUGAUGAACAGAUGGCACAAGAUGGUUCGCAGAGUGACACCAGUGCUAAGUUAUGGGACGGAGCAAAGAUCGACUUCCUUGACACACAUACAUUGAAUGAUACCGGUCGAAAUGGUUCCGAGAAUGAAGCUCCAACGGGGAAUAAGGACCAGGAGAAUGAAAUCGAGCUGUUACGGACCCGUUCUAAGCGUAGUUUCUUGCACUCUAGAAUCUCCUUAUCUACUGGAGUUUGUGGACAGGAUACAGAUCCAUACAGGAAGGUUUACAGUUCUGGCUACCGUAGACGCGGAGGAAAAGGUGAUAAUGGGACUGUGACCUUAGAGAACAUACAUGCUGAAGGCAAAUCCAGUGAACUGGAACUGGAGUCUAUAAAGUCACACUCCGAGGAUAUUCAAGGUGCAGUUUCAGGGGGUGGAAAGCACGGAAGGGAUUUGAAGCUCAAAAGUACGAAAGAGAUUCGUCAAAUAAUGAAGAAGGACGUGCUGAAAUUAGAAAAGCAGAUUCCUCGAUCUUAUCUGCUCAAUAGUUGGAGGUCUGACCGAAUCAGUUGGCGAAAAUGUGUGAGAACGAGCUGCACAGUGGUGGAACUUGCUCAUCUUCUUCGAGAGUUUAGAUACGCGCUGCUCUUGACAGAUCCUGGGGGGAUGACGGACGAGGAGUGGGAGAAGCGUCUAGCGACCAUCAACGAAUCCGGAGAUGUGGAUCUUCUGGUAUCACUAUGGGGACGUUUGUACGAUGACGUUUACAAGUGUGUAGAAACAAAGUCCAGAAGCGGUUUCAAUUUGGAAGCCGAAAGUGCUUGGAGAAAGCUUCUCGCGUUUGACGCAAAGUAUAUACACGAUCUCGACUUCAGUUUUGGCGGUCAGCCGAUUUCUCCUGGCCAGAUGACGACUGCCAAUGUUACAGCUGAUUCAACUGUAGAUUGUGAUAUGAGUUCACGUUUGGAAGUCAAGACGCUUCUUGCUUCGACCAUGAAUUUACUACAAAAGCAGAGUCGCAAGGAGCUAUUGUCUGUGAAGGAGGCGCUUGAACGAGAGAAACGACACAUAAUUGCGAAGUUAGCAAAGUUGGAAGAUAGCUAUGUCAAACUGGUUAGCACUCCUCCUAUUGAAAACUUUUCAACCGGGGGUGAAGGUUCAAACGGUCAGCCUUCUCAAACUAUUCCAGCUGUACCCAGUAACAACAAUUUCGGUUCCGGUGGCCCUUCCUUCCCUUGCGCUCCGGAUGAGGACACCGAUGAUGGGGAAAGUGUCAGGGCUUCGCCUUCGCAAGAUGCAGAUGGUGAAGCGACGGAUAUGUCUGAUUCUGACUAGCCAGCGCUAAGCAUCUAGAGAAGUCGAGUUCUGAUCAGAUGAGCUGAGCAACACAAAUAUGUUCCACUUACGGAAUACAUUGAUGAAUGCUGAUUUUGUACAUACUGAAAAUACCUGGAGGUGGGAGUUUCUCCAUACACCUACCCAUUUGUAUCAUACGUACGAAAAUUUUAAAUUUUUUUCAUAGAUACCUGUCCG